UUGUCACUCUCUGACAGCCUGCGCGCUGCGAUAGUGGUGUUUGGGGAGGAAGAAAAAAGUCUCUCUCGCUCUCGCAUUUCUUCGCACCCCUGUCAAUGUUGCGACUGCGGCUCUGAAAACAGGCAAACUGCUUCCUAAACAGUUAAAAAAUCGACAGCUACGUAAAUAGUCUAGUCAAGGGCUUGCGGAAAAAACGGGACAAUUUCCUUCAAAUUGCAAGGGAAAGCAGUCAGUGGAAAAGCAAAGGUACAGCGACGUGUGUGUUCACGCUCUGCCAGCUCGGUGAUACUCAACCAGCCACCGGCACGGGAGGCUCUCCAUUCCACUUCCGAGGGCAAACUGUGCGCGUGAAAAUGUCCCCCCAAGGAAUUUGGUCCGAAUUUGGUUGAAGCACGGAAGUGAAAUUGUUAUACGAUACGACGAGUGUUUGUCGUUUUUUUUUAGAGAUUCGCAGAUUCUAAAAGUGCAUACGAGUGAAAAGUAAAAAAUACAGGAAAAAAGCAAAACGGUUGAAUUGAGAAAAAGAAGGUUCAAUUUUCAAGACAGCGAACGGCCGUCCCGACGAUAGAGAAAUAGUGUGAUAGAAAGAGAGAAAAAGAGAGAGAGAGAGAGAGAGAGAGAGUGUGUGUGCGGCAGCUGUUUGUGCUCCGAAAUAACGAACAGCAGGAGUGUUUUACUUUGCUUCAACUUAUUCUUCUGCUUCUUCGGCGUUGUGCUCCAAAAGAGCAUCGCCAGUGAAAAAGUUAACUUUUGCAUUGCAACCCCCCCCCCCACUCCCCAUAACCCUCGUGUGUGUUGUCGGGAGGUGUGUGCAGACAAGCAGAACAACUCCACUCUGCACACACACAUACACGGAGUGCUGGGAAAGCAAGGGAGGCAAUUUUCCUGCUCAAUGCAACACGCGCCUUUGCCGCAGCUAGUACGCAGCAUCCAGCAGAGUAGCAGUAAGGAGUGGUGUGUGUAUGUAUGUUUGAGUGCGUGUGGCUUCGAUUGUUCAACCUAAAACAACCCCCCCUCGGUGUGAAAAACCGGCGUGCUGGGGGAAAAUCAUAAGCAAAUAAAGUAGAAUAAAAGCUCCAAGGUGGAAAACCGCACCAACGACAACGACGGGAAAAGCUUACAAAGGCGAGCUGGUGUAUGUGUGUGAUGAGGGGUGUGCAAGCAGUGUGUAGGGUGGUGAAGAAUUGUCUCGCUCCCAUGUGAAAAGCUCUCUUUUUCCCGUCCCCGAGAGCCAGUGCCUAUUUUCUCGACGGAGUGCAUUUUUUAUACUUGCAAAACGAGAAGCGUAACAGUGUUUGGCGGCCCCCGAAGCAUAUUUGCCCCUCAAGUGUGUCUUUGGUGUGUGUAUGUGUGUGUCUGCGUGUGUAUGAAGAUGGAUCGCUAACCGAAAAUAAAACAACAGCAACAAAAGUGUAUCUUGUUUCAGGGAAGUUUUCCACCGCAGCAACUGCCCACGGUGGUCGGUCGCAGUAGGCCUUUUUUUCAUUGUUUGUUUUGCCGUCUGGGCUGGGCAGCGGGAAAAGCGUCGCCGUCGAUCGGAAGGCAACCAUGCUGUAGUAGCAACAAUAGAGGUGCGCGCACACUUCUGACACACAUACACCCACCCACGGCAAUACGGGGGUGUGGAAAACAGUGGCAGUUGCGUGCGAGACAGCGGGGUGCAGUGAAAGGAAAAGCGCUGUGUACGCUUCUUUGUUCGUGUGCGUGUUUUUGCGGUGGAAGCGUAAAGCGCAACAAUAACAUCUGUUGGCGGGAGCGGGAAGUUUACCCCCUUAAGAGCAGAAGUGUCCGAAUAGUGUCGUCUACACGCAUGUGUGUUUGUGUGAGCGUGCAGUGCGUGGGAGGUACAACAACAGCAACAGCGAGAGGAAAACCGCCACCAGACGCCCCCUGUGGUGACGCGUUGCGGAAAAUCCGGCUCAACUCAUAGUGUGACAAGCGAAAAGGGAAAAUCGCACCAACGAUGGCGAAUCCGAGGAAGUUUAGCGAAAAGAUUGCGCUACACAAUCAAAAGCAGGCGGAGGAGACGGCCGAAUUCGAGCGGAUCAUGCGGGAGGUGUUGGACGUGACGUCGAAGGCGUCCAAGAGUGCCAACCUGUCGCCGACGACGGGCACGCUGGGCACGUUUCGAGGCGGUUCCCUGCCCAACGUCAAUAAUGAAAACAAACAGUACCAGGAAAAGGCGGACGAUGGUACAAACCUGACGGAGCUGAAACCCUACACGCAACCGGAAACGAUCAAGGUGAAAAAGGAAAUAUCUCCCAAAGCCAGCACACCGAGCCAUACGAGAGAAUCCAGAGGGCGAACGCCUGGAGGACCCAUGCGUAAUCGGCAAUCGAGUCGAAACCAUGACACGUCACCGUACGGCAACAGUACGGUUCAUUUAAUUCCCCCGAUGGAAAGCAACUGGCACCGUUCGAUCUCGGAUUCGGCAAUCCACCAGAGUCUCUGCCAAAAUCAGCAACAAGACGCCACCCAUCUGACCACUCACACACCUCUAACGCUAAGCCCAACAGUGCAAAGAAAGAUUUCAAAUGCUCAACACAUUUCGAAAGUACACAACAACCACAUGACCAACAACCAUCAUAAUCAUCACCAUCAUCAUCACCAUCCGAGCAAUCAUCACGAUAACGGAUCGACGCAGGACAUCCGGUCACGCUCCUCUACCGCCCUGCCCAGGCUACCCGGCAUCAACAUCUACCCGUCGCAAAACCAUCCCGACAGUAUACAGAUACCGAUACCGAGCAACACGGGCUCGCUACCCGACCUGACCUCCGUCGGUUAUCCCUCCAUGUAUCCGGCAACGUUGGAUCAAGAGUACGAUCCGAACGGACAAAACCACAGUUACUGUCCGAGCCCGCUCGGUACCUCACCCUCGUCGCUUUCACCAACCUCUGCCAUCCAGAACCAUCACCACCAUCCGCACCCGAGAGCGAACAGUUUCAGCGGUGGCGUCAGCAGUGCGACCGGAGGAAACGGUUCCGGUGGCGGCGGAGGAGGAGGCGGAGCAGGAGGAGGAGGCAGCAGUGGCGGCAGUGGCAACAGUGUUGGAGGCGGCUAUCCCAUUCCGACCAGCCAUUCGAACAGUGGGUCCGUCAGCCCGACCGGCAGCGGUAUCAGCUGCAGUCCCAGUGCGUCGUCGGUGGCCCCGAUCGCAAACAUGGGGAACGCUGUGAAUCACAACAAUGGCGCAACGCUUAACAAUGGCAUUAAGGGGAAGAAAGCAAAGCCACAAACCAUCUCUAGUCAGCCUUUUUUAUCUGUACCAGAUAGUAAUAGAUAUUCGUUUAUGUCGAAGGUCAACAAUACUUAUGACACUAAUCAGCAGCAGUCAGUGCAACAGCAGCACCAGCAACACCAGCAACAACCACAAGCACAGUCUCCACAGCAGCAGCAGCAGCAACAAGCACAACAGCAGCAGCGAAUACCAACGCUGGAUCAGAUAAGCUACGAUAGCUUCACUCAGAUCACCGACGGUCUGGCGUCGCCCAACCAGAACUCACCCGAAAGCAUACUGUACGGAUCUCAUGGAAAUAUGUCCCCGCAAAUUAUGUCGGACUAUCGAACCCGACCCAGUCCCGGCUCCAGUCCAGGGCUUGCGCUAGUGAACAAUCCCGAUUCCAACUCCAGUGCACCCUGCAGUCCAGUGUCCCACACGGUGGGCAGUAACAAUGGACCAACUUACGAUAAAUAUCCAACCAGUGACGUUUACGUACAGAACACCCUACCACAGUAUUUGGAACACAUCACACUGGACUGGACUACGCUGGUUCAGAGUCUAGUAGAGUCCGGAUGUACAUUAACCGCGCAAGUGCAGGGUGAUACCGACUUUACCACCAAUCAAAUGGUCUUUAGCGGGUUUGAUGAAACCUACUUGACGAUGAACAAUGGUCUCGGUAUACGCACUCACACCGGCCAUGGCAAUGGGCACACGCAAGUCCACCAGACAGCGACGCAGCAGACGAACCAGCUUAACUCGAUCAACUGUCAGAAUAUGCAGAAUAUGCAAAACACCAACAUGAGCAACAUGUACAACGGGACGACGGAACCGCUGCUCAGCCUGCCCAACACCCAAUCGCUUAUCGAGCCCCAAACGCCCACGAUACCGGAGAUCGUUUUUACAGAUUAUUCGACUAGGGACGAUUUCGAGGCAGACCUUGGGCUUGGUCAUAUGGAUUUCCAAAGCAUCCAGAUGCUCUCCGACACCAGCACGAUGAUUGACCCGAUGGACGAGGACAGCUUUCGACGAGAUUUACAAUAGUGCGAGGCCAACUGGGACGGCUUACCGAACGACUUCUAUUAGCCCGAUGCGCUAGCUGACCCAGGCCGUCGAACCAGGCACCCAUACUGGCGAGCGACAGAAAUACAAACGACAGACGACACAACACGUAAACACACUCACCACACACAUACUGUUGUGGGUGGGUGGGUGGAGGGAAAUAGUUAAUGAGUAACUGUUACUUGAGGCUGACCGCAAACGUUGAUAAACUAUAGUUAAGGAUAAGGUGUGUGUGUGUGUGUGUGUGUGAGUGUGAAGAGCUGUUAGCGUACGGCGAGAGUUUUGUAGUAUACCAGGAUCAUAUAGAAUAGUGGACAGCUGUGCAAAAUGGUUAUGUUUUAAGGUUGAGCAACAAAACCUUUCCCCACGUUGCGUGUUGCAUUGACAAAGUGUUACAUUAACUAGAUGUGUUUUAGAACUGGUUGGUGUAAAGGUGUGCAAAUUAAUGUUUAGUUGAGGGCGAGAAACAAAAACACAAGCUUUCCCGUGGAUGUUGUGACAUUUUUGUGAAGAGCAUUGUUUAAACAUUGUUUCACAAACAGUUUCCUCCAAUGUUGUCCUUCCCAUAUGGUGAUAUGGUGUAUUUUUUUGUACAUUUAUGUUGUUUCCUCCUGUUGGUCAAAAGCAUUAUUGCGAUGAGAUUUAGAUAAAUGCUCUGAGAGGAAAACUAUUUUCCCCCUUUUUAUGGUCAUACUUAAAGGAAAGAAGUAAAUCUGUUUGGUUAUUGCAGACACGUUGCUGUUACAAUGUUUCUGUUUGCUUCACGGGUAUGUAACGGAAAGCAAAUGUUUAAUUUAAACGAGCUGGUUUACUAAAGAUUUGGUAAAACUGAUUGUCACAAAAGCACAAAAACUUCGUACCGAGUACCUCGAUGCCUUUGCUUGAAUUACGAUUUUACUCCUGCUCUAAACGAAUGCUGUUCUUGGUUUAAAGAGUCUGAUAGAUGAACUCUUGACCAACCGAUAGGACGAUGAAAAGUGCUAGCUCGAAAAAGGAGCAAGUUUGAGAAAGAGAUGCUUAGAGAGACGAACGUGUUUAAUAAAAGGAAGGUUAAGUAAGUGAUGUGGUCCAUCAGUUAGAUUGCAAGCAGCAAGGAAAACUCUCGAGUAAAUGUAAAACUGUUUUCAUGCCGAAUUAAUAAAAAAACAACAAAAAAACAAAAUCUUAUGCCGAACAGAUGUGCUGCGAGAUGAAAACAAAAUAAGAAAAAAAAACAACAACAACCCCCCCCCCCCCUUGGAAAGUAACGUUCUCUGUGUAAUGCUCUGUUUUUUUAAUGUCACUAAAGCAUUAAACAUAAUGAAAACAAACAAAAAAACAUUGUGCUAUUUACUGAUAAUAAAAGGGAUGAUAAGCUCUAGGUUUAGGAGUAGAUAAAGACUAAUGCAAGUUUAGUUAGGAAACGAAAAAAGGCAGACAAAAGGAACGAAUGAAACAUGAUAAUAAAGUUUGUGAGAAAAAAAAAAUACAACACACACACGUAGCAACAAAAGGUCAAUACGCAGCGAAACGGAACCCGAACGAAAUGAGAAAAUGUUCAGGGGGAUAGGGGGCAGACUAUACUUAAUUAGGCCUUUUUUUGUUGUUUCUACGACCAACGAACGCGCGAUGGUUAAGUAAAUGAAUUUUUAUUAUCGUUUUGUAAUAUUACAACGCGACUGUUGUGUUUACAGCAGCAGUUUGAUCAACUCAAGCAGACUUUGUGUUUAGUUCGUUUUGCAUUUAACAAAUCCCCAUUUGUUGUUUCUUUUUCUGUGCUUUGUUUUCCCUUUCGUUUCCUGCAACCCAGUCGUCGGUUGGUUGGCGGGUCAGGCAGUGCGUGAAUAAAUGGUAAUGCUAGGUGAUCCGAUUGAAAGGAUAACAUUCUAUAUAUGUUACCACCCCCUGCCGAGUGGUAUGGUACACAACAAGCAAACGACACAUACGAACGUAACGAACAAUAGUUAGAUAAAUGGCCAAUGGCAAAAAGCUGCGGGGUAGCGCGAUUGACGGAGAAUGUAUUGCAUGUAAAAAUAUCGUAACAUAUCAAACUGUACGAAACACAUUGUUUGUUAGCUUUAUUCAAUUCGAUUCCCCCGAAUCGACGAUAAUAAAUCACAUAAAUGCCGAUCGAUUCCACCCCCCCCCCCCCCCCCCCCCCCCCUUCUAGAGGACGAUGGGUUAAGAUGCUCUAACUUCGGUGGAACGUAAACCCACAGGUCACAGAAUCGUUAGUUAGUUUAACCAAUUAGUUUUGGUUAAAUUAAAAUUGUGUACAAAAGUACAAACAAAAAAAACCACGUAAUAUGUUAAACAAUGUCAAUGAAAUCAUAUACUGGAUGUGUUGCAAAACAAAAGGCAGAAAGCAGACAGCAGGAAGUGAGUAAAUCGGAAUCCUCUCAGCAUUCUUUUAAUGUCACUGUUAAAAAUACUGUUUGCGUUUGUGUUCGUUGAUAAAUUCGGUCAAAUUUUUAAUGUCCGUGUGGUUAAUUGUUCCUGAGACGAAAAUGAUCCGAUCGGAUGAGCGUGUGUCACACUUUUGCGCUGUGAUUGAGCGAGCGGGUUUUUGUUUUUCGUUGCCUUUUUGUUACAUUGAGCGAUGUGUGAUGACAGAGUAAGGAGAAGAAUCAAUUUCAACGCUGUACAAAAUGCUCUCCCUUUUUACAUGCUACACUCGUGAAUCGAUAGUUUCAAUGGCUGGGUACGCAUUUCCCAUUUUCUAUCUAUUUAUCGCAAUCGCUUUCACCCCUUUUUCUAGCUCAUACUUUUUGCCUAUUGCAUACUGAACUGAUUGGCUUGAUUUAUAAUGCCUACCUGCAAUACAAAACUGUUCGCUUCACUAUACAUCACUACCAAUGGUGGUGAUACGCAUGAUAACAAUUUUCUCCUUUUCCUCGCGAUUCGUCAAUUUGAAAAGUCCAUUUUUCAUCCACUUCAAGAUAAACAAUUCGUACGAUGAUAUACUGGUUAUGAUCGUGUUUGCAACAUUAAACAGCGCUCUUGAUCGCUUAAGCAAAGCAUCCACCACAAGCUAGAGGAAAAGAACAAGCAGCAAGGAAACAAAACAAAUAAAAGAAAUGCCUUUCAGAUAUUACGAAUCUAUUUUACACCGAUUGCACUACAAAAGGGGUAACAAAUGCAUCUACCGAAGCGAUACGAUACAUAAUGUGCACAGCGCUCUUGCAAGCAAGGGUGAAGAGAAAGGCGCUCAAUUACAUUUUGGACUCGAUUACAGUACCUUUUUACAGAUUCAAUAGAUUUGUGAGGCAUGGUGGGUUGUUUUUUGUUUAAUUUUAAACCGUUCAACACAAGUGUGUAUAAUACUGCAUGAAUCGAUGGAUGGAUGAUGAAAAAUGUACAUAUUUUGUUCGCUAAACACUGAGUGUUUUGGUUGUUUUAUUACUUCAUUAUCGUUAAAACACUGACAUACCCCCAUUUACCCAACAACAUACAGAGCAACUGUGCCAAACUGUUAAACUUUACUUUUACUAUACGACUGCACGCAUUCAAUGACUCAUAUUCGUAUCAUACGCUCAUUUUUCGCUUCCCAUUUCGCUGAAAACCCACUGAGCAGUUAUCAAAAGCUGGACAACAUUACUCGUAAGAACAUGCAGCAUGCAGAUACAUUCAAUUUCAGAUUGCACUCUUCAAUAGAUAGCGAAACAUUUGUCGAUUUAAUACAAACUCCAAAGUAAAAAUAAUUCAUACAAUUGAACCAACAAACAACAUACAAAAAAGAAAAGAAGGAAAACUGUACACGCGCAGCUCAAAAGCCAAGUGUGGUGUGCGCCUAUUAGAAUAGAAAAAAAAGGAAAAAAGGGAUAAUGUGUAGUACGAAUUGGUAGCAGUAGAUAAAUCGCAGAGAAUGACAUAGAAACAGUCGAAAAAAUAUGCAGGAAAACAGACAAAAAGAAGGGUAAAACAUAUUACAUACUUCCUGUUCAAGUAUUUGCCCUUUCGGUUGACAUUUGGUUGACCUUAUUUCUGGCUGCCGUCGUAAUUUAUGAAAGAAUAUCAGUGUACAAAUAGAAAAUUGAACCUGCUCCCUUUUGCUUCAUCAAUCGCAAUGUAUUUCUUUCCCUUUUUUCUCACUCGAAUCUCGUCGUCGUCGGUCCUUUCUCGACCAAUAUCCGAUUGAUCCGGUUGUUGCCGCUCACUCCGUUGCCUUACUUCUUCGCAGCCGUACCAUGUUGUUGCCCUCCCCUUUUUCGGCGCCCGGCAUUGAUUUUCAAGGGGGAUUUUCUUUUCUAAACGUUAAGCACACAGAGCACAUGUAGAUAGAGAUUGGUUGGAGAUGAUAAUGAGAGGCACACAGGCCAGAAAACAACAGCUGUGUGGAGCACAGCACAUUUUAAAUGUAUAAAUUUGUAGUUAGUGUUGCGACGCGUACUUCUCGAUAGCACAAUGUGGUGAGAAAUUGUUCGCAGUUGGAUCACAUGUUGGAAGAAAUUAUUUUAAAGUGAGAUAUCCUUACACUGAUAUGGAUCCUAUUUAGCUGCUCUAGCGUGUACUUCCUAGCUAGAACCCACCCUCUCCAAGUACCUUUGUUACAAAAGAGUUUUGCGGCAAACAUUACGAAUUGAAGAUUAAUAUAGCAUAUAUUUACGCACGUUGACCUGAUUUUACAAAAAAAAAAUUAAAAAGAGAGAGACAAAAAGAAAUUCUAUUGUUUCUAUAUACAAAAUAAGAUGCAUUCACUAUUAUUACAUGUGUGUUGUUGAUCUAAUAAGCGAACGAAAAGAAGGUUAAAAUCAGUUAGAAUAUUAACUAAAACAUAACUAAAUGGUCUGAUAAGUGAAAUUGGGAAUAGUUUGUUUUUAUUUUUAUAGAUAAAAAAACGGGAUAUUAAAUGUUAACGAGUAAAGAAUCUGAUAUGCUGGUAGGGCGGUAAUAGUGUGAUACAAGGGCGUAAAUAACUAGCUGUCAGAAUACCGUGGUUGCCAUGGUAGCUGAAAAAGGCGUUGCGCAUGGUUUUGGCUCAGUGCGUAGCAUCGGUUGCGUGUCUCGAUCGUAUUACCUAGCCAGGGGCGGCAUUGUAUAGAACAGUCAAUUAGUGUGCGAUUGCAAAAAAACAAGAGAAGUGUGUGUAAUUUUCUUAUGAAAGUAGCACAAAAUCACAUAAAAUUAAAAAGGAAGAAAAGUUAAAUGUAGCAACGUCAAACAAACAAAGACAUGUAGAAUGGUAAACACGAGAGGAAAAAAAACGAUCAAACAAACGAAAUAGAAAUGUAAAGAAUUAUCUUUACCAAUUAAAUGCAGUUUGAAGAAUUGUUUGAAACCAAUUGGAGUGUGUUUCUGUAUCUCUCUCUCUCUUUCUCUCUGUGUAUGUGUGUUUUCAUCGUGCACAAAGUUACACAUUUACGAGGUAAUAUUCCUACCAAACUGGCAAAUCACAGUACUCUAGCAUCAAAGUGAGCCAUUUCCUCAAUGCCGGAGUUCGGAGUAGCUUUUUAUAUUUGCAGUACGCUCGGUGGCAACAAGAAUGGGACAAAUAAUAUUAAAAAAAAAACACACACACUCACAAUAAACAAGCAGCAGAACCAAUGCAUAACAAUUGUUUCUUUCCCUACUCUCUAUCCAUUUAUCUCUAAAUCUUCCCGUUUUUUAUCACAUUUCAUUAAACUUACUACAUUCAACCACAAGUGGACGGGACAGAAGAAGUAUGUGAUGAAAUAGUGCAUCUCUAUAGAAAACGAAAAUAAAAUAACAUAAAUCUCCGCUGUCAAAAUAGAAACAAAACAUGAUGAUGAAAAAAAAAAAUACCACAAUUAAAACAUAAAACAUAAAUAAAAGGCGCCCAAAUCAUGCCAACGUUCUCUUUCUCUACCUUUUUCGUACCCAUAGAGAUGAUGAAUCUUAAAGUGUGUGUGUGUAUAAGUGUGUGAUAGGAUAAAAAAGAGAGAGAGAGAGAGGAAAACAAUAGUAACAAGUAGAAGGACCGUACCAGACGAAUGGGAUGAAUUCAACCACAACAAACGUACACUGCUGCAAACAGGGGUAGUAGUGCUAAAAGUGACGAAUAAUGCGGGUGCUAUUUAAAAGAAAAAAAACACUAGUAAAAGGACUAGCAAAAAAAGGAAAGGGGAACUAGUAAAGGAAGCUCGGACGAUAGUGGAUAGUGGAUAGCAGGAAAAGUUGUAAAAUAUUACUUAAUACAAAUAAUAAAAGUAUGAUACAAAUGAA